AUGAUACACAAUGUGCCAAUUCCUCUUGAUUCUCGAGCUGCUUUUGAUUGCUUAGGUCGACUUGAAACUAGAUCAAUUGAAGAGAAAAAAGAGCUAGUUUAUCUUAAUGACAAAUUUAUAGAUUUGAUUGAAAAUGUAAGGUUUUUUCAAUAAGUUCCCAUGAAUUAUUUUGAUUUUUUGCAGGUUCACUUCCUAGAAGCAGAAAAUCAAGUAUUGCUACACGACAGAAAUUUAUUGAAGACUGGAAUUGAGAGUGGAAACACUGGAAUUGAUCAGAUUUUUCAAUCGGAAUUGACUGUGAGUUGUGGUUUAUUUUUAGUGUUUUUUAUUACUCUUAUCGGAAAAAAAAACUAUUAACAUAAAAAAAAACUAUUCUUUUUUUUCUUGAUAGAAAAAAAAACUGUCAAAAAAUGUGGGCCUUAUCAAAUAUAGUUUUUGUGCUUUUCGGAAAUUUUUGAGUGCAGAUGAUUUUUUGUGAAGAAGUGAAUUCUACAGUCUAAAAUCUCCAGAGUUAGAGAGUAACUUUUUUUGAUCUACCAGAAUUUAGGUUGUGAUGUCUGACAAAUUUAAUUUUUUUUUUCUAUUCCGAUCACAGAAAAAUGUUUGAAAUCCUGAACUUCCAGAUUAUUCAAAAAACCUUGAAAUUUUCAACUUCAAAAUUCAAAUAUCAAUCCCAGAAGCAACCCAUAAACUGAUUGAAUUUCCAAUCGCACGCAUACGAAAUUGUACAUUUUUAUGAUCAUUUCUCAUUUCUCCAACAUGUGUAGUUGAUGAUAAUUAUUAACAACCCCCGCAAAUGUUUUUGCUGCAACAGAAAAAUACACACAUUUUUCUGAUAAAAAAUGUGUACAAUUAAUUGUUUGCACAAUGAAUGAGUGAAUCAUUUUUGAAAGAUUGAAAAUCGUUUAUUAUAAUUAUUGAGGGUUUGGCACAAUUUUCUAUAAAAUCAAAAAGGAAUUGGGACAUCCACAGUAUUCAAAAAAUAUGGUUCAAUUUUUUAGACCAUCCGCAUUGGUGUUGAAGAAAAACAACGGAGCCGUGAGCAUUUUGCAAACGAGGCAACAUUGCUUGAAUCGCAAGUUCAGGACGCUUAUCAAAGACUUCAAUCAAUCAAUUCAGCAAGCUUGGGAAUUCCAAACGAUCUUGAUGCUGAACUCAAAAGAUUGUCUGAAAUCGAAGCUGAAAAUGCACAUUAUGUUCGGCGAAUUCGUUAUAUGGAAGAGAAAAAUCGCAGUAUUCGCGGUGGAUUAGGACCAAUUCAAGAAUCAAUCAAUUUGAUGAGACUCGUAAGAAUAUUUAGUGUUUUUUUUUUAAUUUGAAAAAAAAACACAAAAAUUUCAGAGAAAAGAUCAAGCUGAAAGUUUGAAAAAUGAGUUUGCCAAUCGUCGUAAUGAUUUGAUCAAUAGUAUUCAUAACAUGGAAGCCGAAAACAAAUCGGUAAACUUUACUUAUAAAAAAAAUAUUUUUUGAAAUUCUUUAAUUGCAGAUCAUCAUGAAUGAGCACAAAUAUUUCAUAAGAGAUCGUAAGGUCGAUCAAACUGCGUUCAGAAAUCAAUUCCGUGCAGAAAUCGAUGCAAUUCGACAAAAUUAUGAGGCUCUUCGACUUCGAUCAAAGGAAGAAAUCACAAUUCGUCUUCAAACCAGAAUUCGUGAUAUUCAAAGUCGAGUUCCAGAUCAUAAACAGAUUAUUAUUGGAGAGUUGCGACAAGUUAGGGAACAUAUUCGUGUUGUUCAAUCGCAAAUUUCAGACACAGAAUUGAAGGUAAAUUUUUUUAAAACUAUUUAGAAACAUCCUCGUUUUUCAGAACACCCUUGUUCAAAACCUCAUUGAUAACAUGCGCAGCGAAGCCGCUGAAAACACCAAGUUCUUUGAAAUCAGCUUGGCAGAACGUGACGCCGAAACUGAUCGUUUCAAAACUCAAUGCACCCAACUCGCGAUGGAAAUGGAAAAACUUUGCGAUCAACAAAUUGUGAGUUUUUUCAAAAACGUUCCUCCAACCUCUAAAUGUUUUUUCCAGACCCUCACCGCUGAAAUUGAGCGUUAUCGUAAAUUGUUGGAUGGUAUCAGCGGUGUGAAUGUAACCGGUUUGUCAAGCGUUAGUAUUCCAAGAACCGGAGCAUCAAUCAGUGUUGGAACAACUUCAACAAUCAUUGAACAUCGCGGACCAAGCCCUUCACCAUAUAUUCCAUCUCCUCUUGCUUCUGGAAUCACUAACACUCAAAAUAUCGUUCAUGAAGUUAUUCAAACUGGGCAAAACGUGGUUUACACCCCUAACAUUCCAUCAGCAGCUCAAUCUGGCAGUGUUGUUCAAGAAUUUACCGGAGUUAGCACAUAUAUCCCAUCGCCACUUGCAUCUGGAAAUGAUUAUGCUAGAGAGAUAACAAGUUCUGUGACAGGUUAUACACCAUAUAUUCCAGCACCAUCUGCAACUGCUGAAAGUGUUGUCUAUGAAACAAAACAAAACUCCUCAACAGGAUAUUCUACAGGAUAUGUUGCACCAUAUACAACUGGAAGAUCGCUUUAUGAUCGUUAUCAAUCGAGAGCAGAAUCGAGAGCCGAAUCGCAUACUGGAAGAUCAGUUUCGUAUCUUCCAACAUCUAGAAUCUAUGAAGACACACAUAAACACUACUCCUUGCCACCAGCUCCAAGAGUUUAUACACCAAUCCCUGCUCCAUCUCCAGCUCCAGCAGCAGUUUUAGAAACUAGAGUGUACACACCAAUCCCAUCACCAGCGCCAAUUCACGAACAUACUGGAACUCGAAUCUAUCAUACAGAAACUGUCAGAGAACACCAAUCGAGUCAUGGACACGAAUAUGGAACUUAUGCCGGUUCUCAACAACAAACUGGAGAUCAUUCAAGAUUCGCUAGCACUGUUGAUAACGUUGUUUCUCAACAUCUGAUUUCAAGAGGAGUGCAUUCGCAAAAUGUUGGACUUACACAAACUACAGGUUUGCUCAUUUUCUGAAAAAUUCACAAUCAGUUUUGCAUGUUAUCUUUUAAAACUCCCGCAAAAUCAGCUCAACGUAAAAAAUUCCAAUCAUUUUUUACUACACAAUCAAAAUUUUUUAAUACUAUUGUUUUAGGUGACAAUUGCGACAGCUUAACUGAUAACAAAACGCGUUUCAUGUUUUUUUUCCAGAUGAAGAAAGUAUUGAUUUGGACAAUGUUCAAAGAUUCACAAGAUGGUAUAAGGGACGAGUCAAGAUUUCUGACGUCACUCCAGAUUUCAUUAUUUUGGAGAACAGAAGCGCUAGAAAACGCGCCAAUAUUGGUGGAUUCAAAUUGAUUCAUAAAACAGGUUUCAAAAGCGUAUUCCUAGAUUUCCCAGCUCAUUUGAUCCUUGAACCCAAGGAUAGCUUGAAGGUUGGUUAGCAUAAAAUUCUAAAAUAAUUUUCAAAUAUAUCUUCAGAUCUACGCUCGAAACUCGAACCAUCCAGUCGGAAGUUUGGUGGUUGAAACUGAUGAAUUUGACACAACAAUCUUGUCCGAAACUGCACUUCGAAAUCAAACUGAUGAUGUGAAAACGUGGUUCAAAUAUGUUACCAACACUGAACAUGACACACAAUAUUGA